AUGCCUCCGAACAUGAACGGUAUUAGCCUCAUAAACCCAAGCUCCCUGCUUGAUCCAACACAACACCUCUACUCUCAUGUCAGCGUUAUUGAGAACCCAGCUCGUCUGAUCCGUGUAGCUGGUCAAGUUGGAAUCGACAGGGAAGGAAAAACCCCCACAUACUUUGAAGCUCAAACCCGGUUGGCCUUGUCAAAUGCACACGAAUGUCUGAAGGCAGCCGGGGCAACCAUUCGCAACAUCACCUACAUGACCAUUUAUGUUGCCGAUUACAAUCCCGAGGUGCCGAUUUGGGGUGCAAUCCAAGAGUUUUUGACAGACAAAGAUGGAAUUCACCUGCCACCCGCCGCUUUGAUUCCGGUCCCCAUGCUUGGAUCGCCCGAAUGGAAGGUUGAGGUUAUUGUUGAGGCAGCAACUUCGAAACACUAG